AUGGAUCAAAUACAUAAUAGAACUACUGUUGACUCUACGGAAACAGUUACGAAUGAAAGUCAAAAAAUUUUUGGAGAAGCGGGAACAGUAAUACGUUUAGUCAUUAUAUUUGUGGACACAAUAAUGUUAACAAAUUUAUUAAUAAAUGCAAAUAUAAGUUGCGAUGGAUAUUUACGAACAUGGGUUAUAGGGGCAAAAUUACUAAUGCUUUUUUUUUAUUUUCUUUCGUUAAAAGAAUUUAAAUUAUUAAAGGAGGAUAAGAGUCUAUUUUCCUAGUUUCUUUUAAUAUUAUUGUGUUUUUUGUGGACAUACUUUGGGACGAUUCAGACAAAUAAAUCAAGUACUUGUCAAAAAAAUGCGCCCUUUUUAUUUUGGACAGUUUUUACUUUAGUAACCACAAUAUGGUGUUUAAUUAUAGGAAUGAUUUUAAGUCUCAUGAUUGUAACAGUAGGAUCCUUUUUUGUCGUUAGAUCUAAAAUAGAUAAAAUGUAA